AUGGCUGCCGUCCGAGAGCGCAUUGACAACAUGACGCACGAGCUAGUGUCCCGUGACGCCCCCGAGUGGUACGUGUGCCCGGCGUACAAAGUCGUGUUUGAGGAGCGCGAGGCUUUCGACGCCAUCGCCGAACGGCACCCGCUGUCCUUCCCCAAUGGCCUUGCGGCCAUGAUGUCCUCCCCCUCCCCUCCCAGCGUCGAGCUGCUGCGCCGGCUGCCCGCUGGCCCCGACCCCAAGUCCAUCUGGGGGGUGUAUGCCCUCCUGUUUGAGACAGAGGGCGAGCGCCCGCGCCUCUACAUCGGCUCCGGCACGGACCGCAACGGGCUUUAUGCCCGCUUCCAGGCCUACAACGCCAACAACCGUGUCCCCCGGUUCGUUACCUCCACCAUGGAGGCCGGAUUCAAGCUGGCCAACCGUUUCCUGUUGUGCUGGGCAGCCAUUCCGCCCAUGGGCCAGCAGCCCCGGGCAAGACUGCGUUUCGUCGCCGUCGAGGCACUUUUCUGCCUCCUUUUCUCUGCAAGCUCCGUGAGUGACGUCCCCUGGGACCCGAUCUGCUCCCACACGCCGCUGAAAGAGCGGCCGCGGGGCCUGACGGACCUCUCCGAGGAGGAGAUUGAGCAGUACGUCGCGGCUAGGGCCGUUGAGACCAAGAAGAAGGUCGCCAAGAACGACACGGCGUACCGCGCCCGCCAGCGCGCCAUUGACGAGCCCGCCUACCGCGCGCGCAACACCCAGAACAAGCUCAAGUGGCAGGAGGCCAACCCAGAGCGCGUGAGGGAGAUUUCCAAGUCGGUGCGCGACCGCGCUAUUGCAGAGCGCCGCUUCCCCUGCGAAGUCUGCAAGAUUGCGCUGCAGUCCAAGACGGCCCUGAAGAAGCAUCUGGCCGGAAAGGACCACGCCGAGCAGGUGCGGCUCGCCGCCGGUGGCCGGCCCAAGCCGGUGUCUGAGGCGGCCCUCAAGUCCCGCCAGUCCGAUGCGAGGGCCAAGGCCCUCAAGCUUUUGUACUGCGCUCCCUGUGACCACCCCGCGGCAAGCAAGGCGAAGCUGGCCAACCACUGCAAGGGCAAGGCCCACCUCAGAAAGGUGGCCGAGGCGGCUGCUGCUGCUGAGGUUGCUGCUGCUGCUGAAGUUGAAGCUGCUGCCGCUGACGCUGCUGCUGCCGCUGACGCUGCUGCUGCUGCUGAAGUUGAAGCUGCUGCCGCUGACGCUGCUGCUGAUGCUGCGGCCGAGCGCCUCUAG